GUCAUCUGGAAAUUGCUGAUUGAAGAACAAAGGUUAUAAGUGGUGCGCUUCUUGAGUUGCCCGUUACACUAGUAAUUGAGACUAAAUGAGGUGCCAUGCAGACUGUAUUCAUGGUUGCUGAGAAACCAUCACUAGCUGAAUCAAUAGCGAAAUCCUUAUCUAAUAAGCGUAAUUCAAGUCGACGUGGAUUCAAUGGAGCAUGUUCUAUUCAUGAAUGGACUGGUCAAUUUAUGAGUGAACAAGUUCGCUUUAAAAUGACGUCAGUGUGUGGUCACGUAAUGAAUGUCGAUUUCUUAAGUCGUUAUAAUAGUUGGGAUAAAGUAGAUCCUGCUGAGUUGUUUGUUGCCCCGAUUGAGAAAAAGGAAGCUAACCCCAAAUUGAAAAUGGUGGAUUUUCUUCGCCACGAGGCGAAAAAUGCUGGUAUAUUAAUUCUUUGGCUGGAUUGUGACAAAGAGGGUGAAAAUAUCUGUUUUGAAGUUAUCAAUUGUGUCCAUUCAGUUAUGGUACAUCCCAAAAGAAUUCUACGUGCACAUUUCAGUGCUGUUACUGACCAAGAACUACAUGGUGCUAUGAAAAAUCUUAGAGAACCUAACAAACACGAAGCAUUGUCAGUAGAUGCUAGGCAAGAACUUGAUCUUCGAAUCGGUUGUGCGUUCACUAGGUUCCAAACGAAAUUUUUUCAAGGGAAGUAUGGUGAUCUAAACAGCAAUCUUGUGUCGUUUGGACCUUGUCAAACACCUACACUUGGAUUUUGCGUAAAACGACACGAUCAAAUCCAAUCAUUUAAACCAGAAACAUUUUGGCGGAUAAAGGUCUCGGGUGUUGAUGAUACCGGGGGUGUAUUAGAAAUGUCAUGGAAUCGUGAUCGUAUCUUUGAUAAAGAAGCUGCUUCAGUAUUUUUAAGUCGAGUCAAGUCUUCCAAAACAGCAGAAGUCGUCCAGGUAUCUGUCAAACAGAAAAUUAAACCACGUCCACAAGGUUUGAAUACAGUAGAAAUGUUACGAGUUGCCAGUGCUGGUUUAGGUAUUGGACCACAUAGUGCAAUGGCUAUUGCGGAACGAUUGUAUACAUCUGGUUACAUAAACUAUCCACGUACUGAGACAACAGCUUAUCCAAACACAUUUGAUUUACGUGGAUUACUACAGCAGCAGGUGAAUAAUCCAGUUUGGGGAGAUCUAGCUCGUGAAAUUCUAAAAAGUGGGUUAACUCCACCUCGUGCUGGUCAUGAUGCAGGUGACCAUCCUCCUAUUGCUCCUAUGCGUUUUGCGUCUUCCCAAGAACUGGGACAUGAAGCCUAUCGACUGUAUGAAUACAUUACACAACAUUUUAUCGCUACUAUUAUGCCCGAUUGUUGUUAUGAACAAACACAAGUGACCGUAUCCAUUGGUGAUGGUGAAUUGUUUACUAUAAGUGGAUUAAAAGUAGUUGAACCUGGUUUUACACGAAUAUUAACUUGGCAAGCAAUAGAAGAUAAAUCGUUGCCUAUAACACUUCUUAACCAAGGCUAUCAAUUCAAUUUACUUGAAGAACCAAGUUUAGUUGAAGGACAAACUGGUCCACCAGACUAUUUAACUGAGGCUGAAUUAAUUACCGCUAUGGAACGUCAUGGCAUUGGAACUGAUGCAUCAAUCCCAACACAUAUAGAAAAUAUCGUUCAAAGAGGUUACGUUCAACUUCUUUCGGGGCGAAAACUACAACCUACACCAUUAGGGAUUGUACUCGUUCAUGGUUAUCAAACAAUCGAUGCCGAACUUGUCCUACCACAUAUGCGUAGAGCUGUUGAAGAACAAUUAAAUCAUAUUGCUCGUGGUCAUGCUAAAUAUGAUUUAGUAUUACAAUUUGUUUUAGCUAUUUUUGCCGCAAAAUAUCGUUAUUUUGUUGAACAUAUCAAUGGUAUGGAUCAAUUGUUUGAAGUUUCAUUCACUACUCUAGCUAGUUCAGGUAAACCUUUAUCCAGAUGUGGAAAAUGUCAUCGAUACUUAAAGUUUAUAGAUUCUCGACCACAACGUCUUCAUUGUUCAAUUUGUAAUGAAACAUAUACAUUACCACAGAAUGGUACAAUUCGACCCUAUAAAACCGAAAAGUGUCCUUUAGAUAAAUUUGAACUGCUAUGCUAUACUCAAGGCGGUAAAGGAAGAAAUAUGGUUUUUUGUCCAUAUUGUUUUUCUCAUCCACCAUUUGAAUCAAUGCCAAAAUUAUCCGGUUGUAAUAGAUGCCCUCAUCCAACAUGUCCACAAUCAAUGGAAUCAUUAGGAGUUGAUGCAUGUCCUGAUUGUCCAUAUGGUAUACUAGUUUUAGAUGAUUCUAAUGCACCAAAAUAUCGUUUAAAUUGUAAUAGAUGUCCAACAUUCCUGUCUAUUUCGGAUGCUGUAAAAAGUAUGUCUGUCAAAAAUGUUAGCUGUUCAGUAUGUACAGCUAUGCAUCUUAACUUGAGAUUUGAUCCGGGUAAAGUCCCUAAUUCAAGCGAAGAUAAUUCUGAAAAAAUUAGCACUACAUUCUCUGGAUGUGCAUUCUGUACAGAAUCAUUAUGUUCAUUAUUCACUAUUGUAAGAAAAAAGGAAACACCGAAUAAUCCUACUGUCAAUUUACGUGGUUCACGCCAUCAUUCUGGAACCCAUCAACGAGGUGGUCGACGAGGGCGGAGUUUACGAUAGAAUUUACAGACUAUGAACUAUAUUGAUGUCUGCUAACUGAUACUUAUGAACGUAAUUCGUGUACAUUGAUAGUUGUGAUCAUAUUACACUGUACAUAGUUAUCGCCUUUAUUAAUACAAAUAUAUACAUAUAUUAAAGCAGUUAAUAAUUUUAAUAUUGUAAAAAGAAGAGAUGUAAAUAAGCUGUCAAGAUACAUUCAGAAGCUGAUAUAAAUAAACAAGCUAAAUAGUCUAUGCCUACACCUCUUAGGUUCAUUUAAAUUCCGAAUAACUUCUCAAACAUAAUUUAUUAACCACAUAAAUGAAUUAUUUUUUAUACUAGUUUUAUGUUUAAAAUACACAACUGGGAACCUUAAUAUGAGAAAAUGAGUUUUUAGUGACAAAACCUUAUUUUCAUAAUUGUUAAUUGAUUAUUUUUUCAUUUGUACUUCGGGUUACAUAUUUAUAAUCCCUGGUUUUCAGCAUACCACUUUUAACCAAAAACAUCUUGAUGUUAUACAUCACAAAGACUAUCCCGUUAAAUUAUUGUUAUUAAAAGCAUAAAAUUUGUACUGUCAAUUUGUAGAUUACUUGAUUGAUCCACAUUAAAUUGCGCAGUUACCAAACAUUUACUUGGUAUUUUAAUAAAAACUCAACAUUUUGCAAGUAAAUUUCAGAAUUUUUAAGGUUAUCAAGAUGUACACUACUACAUGUUUUGUACGAUAGAGCAUUAAGAAUGGUUAUAAGCUUUUCAAAAAUACACCUUUUCACAAAAUAAUUCAGUAGAUCUGCAUCUAAUGAUUUCAAGUAAGGAACCUUUUUCUGCAGUAGAUAAGACUGAAUCGACAGAUAUUUAAAUAAGUGGCUGAUGUUGGACGACG